UUUUACAAUCUCCGUUACCUCCGUAUUCCUAGAGAGAGAAACUAAUUAAAACAAAAAGUUUUAGAGAGAGAACGUUAGUUGUUGUUUGUUGAUGAGACUGGAGACAUAUUUAGGGUUUGUGAAAUCUGAAUCAGAUUACAUCAAUUAAUAUACAUACAUAUAGAUAGAUAUAGAUAUAGAUAUACUGUAGAGAAGAUUCUGUACGUAUAUAUAAUGGCGACGCCAUUAACGGGAUUGCAACACCGGGACGUAGGAGGAGGAGUGGCGGUGAUGGCGCCGGUGAACCAGAUAGAUCCGGCGAAUGGUAAUAUAGGAGGUGCAUCGAAGAAACAGAGCUGUUCAUCGCCUAUACAUAUAUUUUUGUAUUUUCAUAAAGCGAUAAGGUCGGAAUUAGACGCCUUACAUCGUUCCGCAAUCGAUUUUGCUACUAAUUCUCAUGUGGAAAUUGAGCCUUUGCUCAAACGGUAUCAUUUCCUUAGGUCGAUUUAUAAGCAUCACUGCAAUGCUGAAGAUGAGGUUAUUUUUCCAGCCCUUGAUAUCCGUGUGAAGAAUGUGGCCCGAACUUAUUCUCUCGAACACGAGGGUGAGAGUGUAAUUUUUGAUCAACUCUUUGCAUUGCUAGAUUCAGAUAUGCAAAAUGAAGAGAGCUUUAGGAGAGAAUUAGCAUCUUGCACAGGAGCCCUUCAAACAUCAAUUAGCCAACACAUGUCCAAGGAGGAGGAGCAGGUGUUACCCUUGCUGGUUGAGAAGUUCUCCUUUGAGGAACAAGCUUCGUUAGUUUGGCAGUUUUUGUGUAGCAUUCCGGUGAAUAUGAUGGCAGAGUUUCUUCCAUGGCUUUCAGCCUCCGUAUCUUCUGAUGAACGCCAGGAGAUGCGUAGUUGCUUAUGCAGAGUAAUCCCAGAAGAAAAGCUCCUUCAACAGAUUAUUUUUACGUGGAUGGAUGGUGUCAAUCCUGUUAAGAAACGCAAAAGUUCUGAAGAUGAUGCCACAUAUCAGUGUGCAUGUUCUCCCAGAGUAAAAAAACAAGAACCUUCCGAUUCGUCUCUUGAUCGUCCGGUAGAUGAAAUACUGCACUGGCACAAGGCUAUAAAAAAGGAAUUAAUUGAUAUAGCCGAGGAUGCUAGAAGGAUACAAUUGUCUGGAGAUUUUUCAGACAUUUCUGCUUUUAAUAAGAGGUUGCAGUUUAUUGCAGAAGUUUGCAUAUUCCACAGUAUUGCAGAAGAUAAAGUUAUAUUUCCCGCUGUAGAUGCGGAACUCUCUUUUGCACAAGAGCAUGCAGAAGAAGAGAGUGAAUUUGACAAAUUUAGAUGUCUGAUUGAAAAUAUAGAAAAUGAUGGAGCGAACUCAUCUUCGUCUGAAUUUUGUUCCAAAUUGUGCUCACAUGCUGAUCAUAUCAUUGCCAUCAUUGAUAAGCACUUCAAGAAUGAAGAACUGCAGGUUCUCCCACUUGCACGCAAUCAUUUUAGUCCAAAAAGACAACGCGAGCUUUUAUACCAAAGCUUAUGUGUGAUGCCAUUAAGAUUAAUCGAGUGUGUGUUACCUUGGUUGGUGGGAUCACUUACCGAAGAGGAAGCAAAAUCCUUUCUGCAUAACAUGCAUAUGGCAGCUCCGGCUUCGGAUGUUGCACUUGUUACCCUUUUCUCGGGCUGGGCUUGCAAAGGACGGCCGCGGGAAACAUGUUUGUCUUCUGGUGAAUCUGGUUGCUGUCCUGCAAAAGCAUUUUUGGAAAACAAUGACGGCUCCAAUUUAUCUUUCUGCCCCUGCAACCCGCCAAACAAGCGAUGCAAUUCAACUUCACGGAAAGAAAGCAAUGGUUUUGCUGCCUCUGGAACCCUAGCUGAUCAAGCAAAACAGUCCUGUUGUGUUCCCGGGCUCGGGAUGAAUAGUAGCAAUUUGGGAACGGGUUCUGCAAAGUCAUUACGUUCCUUAUCUUUUAGCCCGUCUGUUCCUUCAUUAAGUUCCAGUCUUUUUAACUGGGAAACAGGUAUAAGCUUGAUUGAUGAAGGUACAGGUCGUCCCAUUGAUACCAUUUUCAAAUUUCAUAAGGCGAUUCGCAAAGACUUGGAGUUUCUUGAUGUCGAGUCAGGAAAAUUGACCGAAUCAAGUGAGAGUUUUCUCCACCAGUUUAAUGGUAGAUUUCGUUUGUUAUGGGGUUUAUAUAGAGCUCAUAGUAAUGCGGAGGAUGAUAUUGUGUUUCCUGCAUUAGAAUCAAAAGAAACUUUACAUAAUGUUAGUCACUCGUAUACCUUAGACCACAAGCAAGAAGAAAAGCUUUUUGAGGAUAUAUCAACCUCACUUUUUGAACUUUGUGAACUUCAUGAUAACUGGAGUAAAAUCAAUUCCGAAUCUGAUGAUCGUAAUGAUACUUUGAGAAAUUACAAUGAGCUAGCUACAAAGGUUCAGGGAAUGUGCAAGUCCAUUAGAGUAACCCUUGAUCAGCAUAUUUUGCGUGAAGAACUUGAACUAUGGCCUCUGUUUGAUAGACAUUUUACGGUGGAAGAGCAGGAUAAGCUUGUGGGUCGAAUAAUUGGUACCACAGGUGCUGAGGUGCUACAAUCAAUGUUGCCAUGGGUGACAUCUGUUCUUAGUCAGGAGGAACAGAAUAGAAUGAUGGACACAUGGAAGCAAGCGACCAAAAACACCAUGUUCACCGAGUGGCUCAAUGAAUGGUGGGAAGGAUCUUCUCCAUCAUCAGAUGCAUCACCAUCAGAUGUAGAAUCAGAGAACAACAUUUCACAAGUUUCCGAUGUACAUGAAGGCUUGGAUCCAAAUGAUUAUACUUUCAAGCCCGGGUGGAAAGAUAUCUUUCGGAUGAAUCAAAAUGAGCUCGAGUCAGAGAUAAGAAAAGUUUCCAGGGAUCCUACUCUUGAUCCCAGAAGAAAGGCUUAUCUUAUCCAAAACCUUAUGACCAGUCGUUGGAUUGCUGCUCAGCAAAAGUUACCUCAAGGAAGAAAUGGCGAAUCAUCAGAUGGUGAAGGUCUAUAUGGAUGCUCACCUUCGUUUCGUGAUGCAGAGAAACAAGUAUUUGGUUGUGAGCAUUAUAAGCGCAACUGCAAGCUUCGUGCUGCUUGUUGUCAGAAGCUAUUUACCUGUAGGUUCUGUCAUGACAAUGUCAGUGACCAUACGAUGGACAGGAAAGCAACAACUGAAAUGAUGUGCAUGAACUGUUUGAAAGUCCAACCUGUUGGACCAAUAUGCUCAACCCCUUCUUGCAAUGGACUAUCAAUGGCAAAAUAUUAUUGCAGUUAUUGCAAAUUUUUUGAUGAUGAAAGAACGGUAUAUCAUUGCCCUUUUUGCAACUUAUGCCGUCUUGGGAAGGGACUUGGAAUUGAUUUUUUCCAUUGUAUGACGUGCAACUACUGCUUGGGGAUCAAAUUGGUAGAUCACAAGUGUAGGGAAAAAGGCCUGGAAACAAACUGCCCUAUUUGUUGUGAUUUUUUGUUUACAUCAAGUGCAGCUGUCAGAGCGCUUCCUUGUGGUCAUUUUAUGCACUCUGCUUGUUUUCAGGCGUAUGCAUGUACACACUACAUUUGUCCAAUAUGCAGCAAAUCUAUGGGUGAUAUGUCGGUGUAUUUUGGUAUGCUCGACGCUUUAAUGGCUUCUGAGCAGCUCCCAGAAGAGUAUAGAGACCGCUGCCAGGAUAUACUGUGUAAUGAUUGUGAUAAAAAAGGAAGUGCUGCAUUUCACUGGCUUUACCACAAGUGUGGAGCAUGUGGAUCGUACAAUACCAGGGUAAUCAAGGUUGACCCAAUUAUGGAUUGCUCAAGCUAGAGAAGCUUGCCAGUAGAAUUGUAUAAACACAUUACAUUAUAUUAAUUUACGAUACAGUAGAAGUGAGGAUGUAAAUCGCCAUAUCUUUUUGUUGCCACGCAUUGUAUUCCUUUCUUUCCAGUUUUCAUAUAUAGAUUCAGGGUAGCAUAUGUGAAAAUAAAGCCGACACUUAGAAUAUCAUAGGAUUAUGCUAAAGUGAAAAGAUCAACAGUUCAGUUUUGUAGCUAUAGUAUUUGAAACCAUUUUGUCCUGCA